AUGGGUAAACAAGACAAGGGAGGAUGGUGUCGCACCAUCAUGAAGAUUAUGUUCUCCCAUGUCGGACUGUGUGGUUUGGUAGCUCUUUAUUGUGCCGCUGGAGGAUUCAUCUUCGAACAUCUCGAAAAGUCCAACGAAGAACAGAUCUGCUAUGACACUUACAAGGAAUACAUUGUAAUGGAAAAUGACUCUCUCUCCAAGAUACAACAGUUAGUGGAAGACUACGAAGGCAAUCCGGACAAAUCUACAUUGAAGUUCCAGCUGCAAGGAAUCCUACAGAUCUAUCGCGACAACAGUAUUAACAUUGGUUAUGACGGCGGGAACUGCUCCGCUUACGGACUGGAGGACGGACCAAAGUACAAAUGGUCUUGGUCAGGAGCAUUCUUCUUCUCUGUUACUGUGAUCUCGACCAUCGGGUACGGCCAUAUAGCUCCAAAGACGUUCUGGGGAAGGCUGGUGUGCAUAGCGUAUGCGGUGCUGGGUAUUCCAUUGAUGUUGCUUUGUCUUGCUAACAUUGGGGACGCAUUGGCGGAUGUAUUCCGUUUUAUAUAUGCGAAGAUAUUUUGCUGUGGUUGGUGCAGAAAGAAAGAAAAGCCCAACAAAGUCGUCAAGAUCAAACCUACGGAAAGCGAGCCUCCCAACUGGAGCGAGAAAUCGCGCAUUGUCAAGAACCCACCAAACCUGCACUCAGAACCUCAGAGCAUCAAGGACAAUCUAGAUAAGGUUGACGAUCAAUGUGACAACAAUGUCAAGGUCGUUCCGAUGAAUAUGAAGAACGCCAGUGCAAGAGUUCAACAAAGUCCCCCACCAAAACAGUCCAAUUAUGAAAGCGAUUCUGACGAUGACGACGAUGAUGACGAUGACAUCGAUAGUAACAUCACAAUUCCUCUGACUGUGACCAUGGUCGUAAUAGGAACCUACAUUUUGGGCGGUGCCGUGUUGUUUGGACUGUGGGAAGGGUGGGAUACUCUCCAAUCAUCCUACUUCUGCUUUAUCACACUCAGCACCAUCGGCUUUGGUGACGUAGUUCCGGGAACAGAUUUCGACAAUCCGAGAGCGCAUGCUCAGCUUGUUCUUGGCGCUAUAUACGUCAUGUUCGGAAUGGCUAUUCUUUCCAUGUGCUUCACACUGAUGCAAGACGAGAUUAUCUCCAAAUGCAAAUGGAUUGGACAAAAGCUUGGCCUGAUCGAUAAAGAUGAGGAUGCUGACUGA